CAAGUAAACAAUUGACAAGACUCAUGGGCAGACUCGUGCUUCUUUGGUUUACGUAAUGUCUGAGAGUCAUUCUGGUUUGUGUGUGCGCAACUGACAUACAAAUUUGUUGUGUUUGCUCUUUUUAUGCAGUGAAUUAUCUUGAGUUUCACAUUUUUGCUCACAUUUGUUGCCCCGGUGCAGCUUCAGCCUUUGGAUGGACGAUUGUGCUUCUGUCAGGGGGAUGUCAGCUAGUUAAGAUCAAGAGACAAAGGAUUAUAUGUUAAUGUAAACGCUUAUAAAGGAGUCUCACUAACUGCAUUGAUUUGAACGUGCCCGCCAAGGUUCAUGGUGUUCCAGGCUUGAUGUUGUUGAUGUUAGUGGUGGCGGUAGAGUGGGACUGAGCACGCUCAGUGUCAGCCAUGGCUGAAACGGCGCAUGUGAGCAGCAACAGCCCAGAAAGAGGCCAAAGAUGUCCAAGCUUCGAUAACGACAAGGACUCAGUGGAGCCAUACUUCGUGGAAACUCCAUAUGGUUUUCAGCUGGAUUUGGACUUUCUCAAGUAUGUGGACGACAUCGAAAGGGGCAACACCAUCAAGAAAGUAAGCAUCCAGAGGAAGCCCAAAGGGGCCAAACCGAGGGCGGUGGCACCACGUUCUAGCACUGGGGCCGAAUGGACGUCCACCGACUCGCUCUCGUCCUCCAAUAGCGACGACAAGCAGUCUCCAGUUUUGGUCAACGCCAAGGUGCAGCAGGUGUCCACUCUACAAAAGGUGGCUUGUGAAGUUGCCCCUCAGCAGUUCUUCUCCAGCAUCCCUGAACCCAAGCUGCUCCUACCGCCACCCUCUCCUAGGUUUACGCCGCGACACAACCCCCACGUGGAGAAGACCCUCAUGGAGACCCGACUUCGCCUGGAGCAGGAACGUCUGUUCAUGGAGCCGCCGCCACCACCACGCCGCCGUCUUGCCAGCUUCGGGGGGACAGGUUCCAACAGCUCACUCUCGUCAUACUCUGGGUCCAUGGCUGCCAGUCAGAUCUCCCCCAGUGCCCUGCAACCUCUGCCCAUCAAUGGUCACCUUAAUGGAGAGUAUAACCCUUACUACCCACCGUCCAUGGGAAGCUCCAUCCGUCACAGUCCCCUGAGCUCGGGCAUGGCCACACCGGUGACCAACGUCAGCCCGCUGCACCUUCAGCAGAUCCGUGAGCAGAUGGUGGUUGCUCUUCGGAGGCUAAAGGAAUUGGAGGAACAAGUGAAGACCAUCCCCAUCCUGCAAGUGAAGAUUGCAGUUCUUCAGGAGGAGAAAAGACAAUUAGCUGCCCAGUCCAAAGGUCCCGGUGGUUUCCGCAAGCGUUCUUAUAGUGUGGGCAGUGCCAACCAAAUGGAGAAUCCAGCCCUCGUCCAAAAAGACACUGUGCUGCACAUUGUCGAGCCUGAAGCCCAGCAACAGAACACUCAGCAGCUGGAGGAGUUCAGGUAUCUGGCUGCUAAGGUCCAAGCUCUGGAGAAGACCACCCUUGACAAUGGUGGAGUCGAAACUCAAACCCAGAGCCACAAUCAGAACCAAGCCCUUCAAAAGUCUGUUGGCAUAGUUACUGACGAAAACAUGAACAAUCUGCAAAUCGAGCUUAAGAAACCUCCCAAACAACACAGCCACCGGGACGUGGGCGUUGCAACAGAGAACCAGGACACCCGCAGCACUUCAGUGGGUGUCAAUGAGACCAUGCUUGGCCUGUCCAGCGAAACAGAGACAGAGAUGGAGCUCCAGCAGCAGACCAUUGAGGCCCUAAAAGAUAAACUCUACCGUUUGGAGGUGCAGUUGAAAGAAACCACUCACCAAAUGGAGAUGACUAAGCUAAAGCUGGAGCUGCAGGCAGCCAGUGGCUCCAACAAGAAGAAGGCUGAUAAGGGCUUGAUGAUCAGGCCUGAGACCUACAACGUCUGCUUGGAGGCCAAAGUCCCCACGUUCAGCCGGGGCGCCGGUGACCACCUCAUCUCUGAAACGCAAAGCCUAUCUGUUGGAGUGUCAUGUCACCCUAGUGUUUGCAAUGUUGGCAUAGGUACCAAUCAGAACUUGAAGGUAACUGAGUGGUACCAGGAUGUAAAGACCUGUGAGGUGGGAAUCAACACCACCGAGUCUCUAGACUGCUCAGCCUUCUGCAAACCCAUGUCAGAGUUACUCAAGGAGUCUCGAUCAGUAGCCAGUGGGGACUGCUCUGUUGAUGUCAACGUAAGCCCACUUAGGAUGAUGGUGUCCCGAGGAACUGACCCAAAUCGCUUAGGCAAAAUGGACUGCUGCAUCAUGGCGGUCCCAGAGUCGGCAACGCAGGAGACCAAUACCGAGAUGAAUGUGGUUAGCAGGUGUACCAACACCAAAACAGCAGUUCUAAUAAACUCCUUCACAAACACAACUGCUGCUGAAACUCGAUCAGUUGCUGCGGGUGAGGGGCUUAUCAAAGAUGUGCUCUCAGCUGCAAAGGUUCGCUCAGUCGCCGUGGGGACACAGUCACUCCUUAGCCAAUCCUGCGUCACCAAAACCAAAGAAUUUGGCGUGGGACCCGUCAGCAUUCAUGAGAACUUUCUAAUCGGCUUAAAAACUCGUAGCAUAGCAUGCGGACCCUCGCAGCACCCGGAACCCGUCUUGGAGGCGACCACAAAGACAACACAACCAUUGGUCGACACCCAUGGGGCCACCAGUCUGGACCAUUACAUCGAAAGGGUGCAGAAACUGCUGCAGGAGCAACAAAUGCUGCUGGCGGAGAACUACAGCGAGCUGGCCGAGGCCUUCGGUCAGCCCCAAUCCCAAUUUGGAUCCAUCAACAGUCAGCUGGUCAGCACGCUCUCCUCCAUUAACUCAGCCAUGAAGAGCGCGAGUGCCGAGGACCUCCUUGAGCUCCAGGCCGACACUGCUGCUGCCCACUCAGAGUCCGGUCCCAAGAUGAAUGCAGAUGAGGCCACCAAGACGCAAACUCAUCAGCAGAUAAGUGCAGCCGAGCAGAAGAGCCGCAUGGACCUGCAAAUGUCCACUGCCCUACAUGGUACACCAUGCGGCGCCAACGCACUCAAGUCUAUCAUGAAAAAAAAAGACGGCCCAGGCGAUUCCAACGGUGCCAAGAAGAACUUGCAGUUUGUCGGCGUCAACGGCGGCUACGAGACGACGUCGAGCGACGACUCCAGCUCGGAGGACAGCAGCUCCUCUGGAUCUGAGGAUGAGGAAGGUGAGAAAGAAGGGAAGGAAGAAGACAAGGAUGUGGAGGAGAAGGAGGUGGAAGAAGGAAAUUUGGAUGAGCAGGAAACGAGAGAAAGGUACGAGCUCAGCGAGAAGAUGUUGGCAGCCUGCAACGUCCUCAAAGUUCACCUCAGCGAGCCUGACAACGUGAGCAGUAAAGACCUGAGGGUGACCGUCAACACGGUGCAGCACGAGUGGUUCCGCGCCUCCAGCCAGAAGGCGGCGUCGGCAUCUGCAGUUUCCGACUACCUGGCGGCGUUCGGCGCCGUCUCGCCGGACGUUCUGCGCCACGUGGUCAACAUGGCCGACGGCAACGGCAACACGGCGCUCCACUACAGCGUGUCGCACUCCAACUUCCCUGUUGUCAAGAAGCUGCUGGACGCCGAUGUGUGCAACGUGAACCAGCAGAACAAGGCGGGCUACACGCCCAUCAUGUUGGCGGCGCUGGCCGCUGUUGAGACGCCCGCAGACAUGCGCGUGGUAGAGGACCUCUUCGGGAAGGGUGACGUCAAUGCACGCGCAAGUCAGGCGGGCCAGACGGGUCUGAUGCUGGCGGUGAGCCACGGCCGCAUGGACAUGGUCCGAGCCCUGCUGGCCCACGGCGCCGAUGUCAACGUGCAGGAUGACGAAGGCUCCACGGCCCUCAUGUGCGCCAGCGAACACGGCCACGUGGACAUUGUCAAACUCCUCCUGGCGCAGCCCGGCACGGACGCCACACUCAGCGACAGCGACGAGAGUAACGCUUUGUCCAUUGCGUUGGACGCCGGCCAUAAAGACAUCGCCGUCUUGCUGUACGCGCACGUCAACUUCUCCAAAGCGCAGUCACCGGGAACCCCUCGACUGGGCCGCAAGAUGUCGCCGAGCCCCACUCGCAGGGGUGCGUUCGAUUAGCCACUUGGAUGCUAAACUUAGCGCCUCCGAGGCUCUGAGGUCCGCUGUGAGGCUGCUGACAGUCACUCUGUCAGUGGCUUGGGCUGUUGUUAGCAAAUCCAAGCCGAAUGUUAGCCACCGAGGCAUUGGCUAAUUUUAGUGAUUUAAAGGCUGAGUUGAGCUCCUCUGAAGCUAAUGUUAGUGACCCUAAAGAUGAUGUUAAUGUUAGCCACUCUGAGGCUAAUUCCAGCGUGAGUGACAUUAGGCUUCUGUUAGCUCCCAAGCUGGCGUCACAGUGACUCCCUUCUGCCUGCCUUAUUUGAAACCACGUGGACAUUUUAGACUUUUUUUUCUUCCCCCACCUGCCCACUUCUUCAUGUGAAUGUAACCAGCUGGUGCCUCUCACAACUUUUAAUGUCCCACAUGGACAAUAAUAUAUAUUUUUUUCUUUUAAACGUAAAUCUUUUUUUUUUUUUUUUGCCUGUAUUAUUUUAGUCUGGUGUACAUAGUGCUUAUCCCCGAUCCAACGUCAGCUGCUUUUCUAUCAAUCCUUUGUAUCUAUUUAAAGAGACCACCAUAUUUUUCAAUAUGAGCGCAUAUAAAGAUCAUAUGAAGUCAUAUAUAUGUAUAUUUAUCAAAGUAUAGUUUUAAAACACAUCCAGUUGUUUCUGUACAUAAUGUACGUUAGUCUGGUAUCGCCAUUUCUGCUUUUUCUGUCUUUGACAUUGAUGUCAUGCGCGAUGAUGUCAUGUAAAAAUAAACAUCAAUUAAAGUGCA